UGCAACAAAACCUACGAAGCCAGAGAUGCACUGAGCGGAGUGGGAGAUCGUGAAGAGAGCAGCGUGAAGGAGUGAGAGCUGUAUCAGUGCAGGUCCUGAAGCACAAGAGAGAAGAGAGAGAGAGAGAGCUAUUGGGCUCUUAUCACAUGCGUUUAAAACCGUUAUUUAAAGCAACUCAUUUCUGGAACGAGCAAGAAGGAAAGUGAAGGAAAGAGAGCAAAAGAAGACCGCCAGCCGAUGUUUGACUAAAUUUGACAUGAGAGAGGAUAUCUGUUUCAUUUAUUUCUCACUGGGAUGCGGAUUUUUUCCCUUCUUUUCUUGACAGCGUGCGUCUGCCCCGCAUCGCUCGUAUCAUACGGAUAUAUACGGAGAACAAAUUAAGAUGAAGUGACCUUCGAAAGUAGUUUUUGACGGCGUACCGCUCGCUAGGGCUUUAUUUCUUCUUUAAUCGUGUUCAACAGCGUUGCACUGGGCACGAGGGAACGGCGGGAAUUGAUAGGGCACGCGCGCAGUGCUUAUAAAACAACAGCUGACCAUUAAAGCUCACAUCAAGCCAAAUAAAACACUACCAGAAGAAAUAAUAGCUACCACUGAUAUUGUUAUACAGAAACCGCGGGGGCAUAAAAACGACGAGCUUUAAAACAGGUCUUUUCCCCAGCAUUUCAUACGGUGGGUUUGGGUGGCGAGUGGAUGGGACUCUGAUGUGGAUUGCUGCUCCGGAGCUGAGUGCCCAAUACUAGACCAGCAACUUCCUGCGCCUCAGGAUGGAUUAGAGCUUCACGCCUCCGGAGAUCAAAGGUGGCUGUGUGAAGGGGGACCCCCAGGGCUGGACCCAUGAGGAGUCAAAGAAGAUGCUCGCAGCCUGGGCGCCUCUGCUCUUCUUAGCCAUGUGGGUGAGAAACGCCACCAGUGGCCCGCUCUCAUUCAGAAUAGCUGCCAUUCUUGAUGACCCGAUGGAGUGUAGCCGUGGGGAGCGACUGGCCAUCACUCUGGCGAAAGACAGCAUCAACCGUUCCAGCAACCGCUCCACCACAGGGAAGCUGGAGGUGGAUAUCUUUGAGCUGCUCCGAGACAGUGAAUACGAGACAGGGGAAACUAUGUGCCAGAUCAUGUCCAAGGGGGUUGUGGCGGUCCUGGGCCCCUCUGCCAGCCCGGCAUCCAACUCCAUCAUCAGUAAUAUCUGCGGUGAGAAAGAGGUGCCGUUCGUGAAGGUGGCUCCAGAGGACAUACUGAAGGUGCAGUUUCCCCGCUUUACCACGCUGGACCUCAGGCCCACUAAUACAGACAUCAGCAUGGCUGUAGCCGGACUGCUUACGUUCUUCAACAGCAGCACGUCGUGUCUCAUAUGUGCUCAGGCCGAUUGCCUAUUAAACCUGGAGGUGUUACUGCGGCAGUUUCUCAUCUCCAAGGAAACCCUUUCCGUUCGCAUGCUGGAUGACAGCCAGGAUCCCACCCCCCUUCUCAAGGAGAUCCGCGAUGACAAGACUGCCACCAUCAUAGUGGAUGCCAACGCCACCAUGUCUCACGUUAUUUUGGAACGGGCCUCAGAGUUGGGGAUGCUGUCAGUGUAUUACACCUACAUCCUGACUUCCUUGUCAGAUCUCCUCACAGGAGCUGAUAGAGAGGAAAUGAAGAAAGACAGACCGGACCAGGGCAGCUCACCAAGGCCGUCUACUCCCAUCAGCCCAAGCCGUCUACACUGUUUACCCCCUAUAAUUCAGCUCUGCGUCCAGCCCUGGGCCGAGGGGAGAGAUGUGGCCUGCAUGAAGGCCCGAAUUUUCCUGCUACGAUUGGACGAUUUAGCUGAUCAACGAGUCAACAUCGUCGGGUUUUCAGUCUUCAACAUGACACAUCCUUUCUUUCAGGACUUCGUCCUCAGCCUCAAUCGAUCCUGGCAGGAGAACUGUGAUCAUGCUCCUUUUGCAGGAACACCACUUUCGUCAGCGCUGCUGUUUGAUGCGGUACACACGGUGGUGGCAGCCGUGCAGGAGCUGAACCGUAGCCAGAACGUAGGAGCCACUCAGCUCUCCUGCAAGUCCUCUAAGAUCUGGGAGCACGGCACAAGUCUGAUGAACUACCUGAGGAUGGUAGAGUUGGAAGGCCUAACAGGCCGCAUCGAGUUCAACAGCAAAGGCCAGCGCUCGAACUAUGCCCUCCGGAUCAUGCAGAACAGCAGGGAUGGCCUAAGGCAGAUUGGUCAGUGGCAUUCAGAGCAGGGACUGUCCAUGGAGAGGAAGCUUCCAUCACUUAACGUGACAGACACGCUAUUCAACACCACUCUCACCAUAACUACCAUCCUGGAGAAUCCAUAUGUAAUGCUGAGAGCCAAUCACCAGGAACAUGAAGGGAACGAACGCUAUGAAGGCUUCUGCGUCGAUAUGCUGAAGGAGUUGGCAGAUAUCCUGAAGUUCAAGUACCGCAUUCGACUGGUUGGGGACGGUGUGUAUGGAGUGUCGGGCACCAAUGGCACCUGGACAGGCAUGGUGGGAGAGCUCAUCAGCAGGAAGGCUGACUUGGCUGUGGCCGCCCUGACCAUCACGGCCGAGAGGGAGAAGGUCAUUGAUUUCUCCAAACCCUUCAUGACUCUGGGGAUCAGUAUCAUGUACCGAGUGCACAUAGGAAGAAGACCGGGGUAUUUCUCCUUUUUGGAUCCGUUCUCUCCUGGGGUUUGGCUUUUCAUGUUGCUGGCGUACCUGGCCGUGAGCUGCGUGCUCUUUCUGGUGGCGAGGCUAACACCUUAUGAAUGGUACAACCCUCACCCCUGCCUGAAGGGGCGCUGUAACCUGCUCAUUAACCAGUAUUCGCUGGGCAACAGUUUCUGGUUUCCUGUGGGUGGUUUCAUGCAGCAAGGCUCCACCAUUGCCCCCAGAGCCCUGUCCACACGCUGCGUCAGUGGAGUAUGGUGGGCCUUUACCUUGAUCAUCAUCUCUUCCUACACAGCCAACUUGGCGGCCUUUCUCACUGUGCAGAGGAUGGAAGUCCCCAUCGAGUCCGUGGAUGAUCUGGCUGAUCAAACAGCCAUCCAAUACGGCACCAUGCACGGCGGGUCCACCAUGACCUUCUUCCAGAACUCACGCUACCAGACGUACCAGCGCAUGUGGAACUUCAUGUACUCCAAGCAGCCCAGCGUGUUCGUAAAGAGCACUGAGGAGGGCAUCGCCCGAGUGCUCAACUCCAAUUAUGCCUACCUGCUGGAGAGCACCAUGAACGAGUACUACCGCCAGCGCAACUGCAACCUCACCCAGAUCGGAGGCCUGCUGGACACCAAGGGCUAUGGCAUUGGCAUGCCUCUGGGCUCGGUCUACAGAGAUGAGUUUGACCUGGCUAUACUCAAACUACAGGAGGAAAACCGCUUAGAGAUUCUGAAGAGGAAAUGGUGGGAUGGUGGCAAGUGCCCAAAAGAGGAGGAUCAUCGAGCAAAAGGUCUGGGCAUGGAGAACAUCGGUGGGAUCUUCGUGGUGCUUGUGUGUGGUCUUCUGGUGGCCAUCUUCAUGGCGGUGCUGGAGUUUGUGUGGAUGCUGCGUCAUACGCCAGCAACAGAGCUGUCCAUGUGCGAGGAGAUGCUACGAGAGCUGCAGGGCAUCGUGCUGUGUCAGGACAGCCUGCAGUUACGGCGCAGGCGCGGAGCCAGCGUGUUGCGACCGCAGCCUCUGCCCCUGGAUGAGCGGCGGGCGCGGGCGGCAGCGGCGAGCCUCAGCAACGGCAAGCUGUGCACGGGCACAGGCCUGCCCGAACCCCUUACCCACAGACUGGCGCAGGAGGCCGCCUUGGUGGCACGAGGGUGCAGUCACAUUCGCAUCUGCCCGGAGUGCCGGCGCUUCCAGGGCAUUCGAGUGCGCCCAGCCGGACCUCCAGGAGCAUCACCCAGCCACAGCGAGGAGAGUAUAGAGUGGGAGAAUGGCACCAACAACAGUGAACACGAAUAACCUCUCGGAUCUGUGGCGGAUAGACAUUAAACAACAGCUUUGCUGGACCCAGGGAUUAUGGGAUCGUAGGUUCCGGAGAAGCUGUCCGUGCUGCUCGAUUCGGCCCAGGAGCUGCAUCUGGUUUCUGUACACUGUCCUUACGGCCCUCUGCUUUCGGGGGACACAGCAGAGGGGCUUUGUACUAUGCAGUAUAUUUGUCUUACUGUGCUGUUGAUUUAUUUUUAAAUUAUUCCUCUUUUGUUGUGAUACCACUAUAUUGCUAUUAUCUCCUUCUCACGACACCCAUUAAGUUUGGUUUUUCACACCGCAGACGGCUGCAGACUGUGUCAGCCAUGCGCAACCUUUUUUAGAGUACCAAAAUACUUUGUAUUGAUUCUGUGCUGUCGCCGUCUCAUUCGGGCCCCUGAAGGAGUAACUGAACACAAAAACAAUUACAAGCUGUUUUUAUUAAUAGUCAUAUUCUAUUAAAAAGGUUUUUGGGAUGUUUCUGAAUGUUUGAUGUGCAUGUACGAGGGUUUUAGAUGCUACUGAAUGGAGAAGAACAUGGGAAUUAUAUUUUUUCUGGUUAAAGACACUUUCUAUAUUUUGCUUUUCGCUCUUUUAAGUUUUGAUUCAUUUUGUUGCACUCCUCGGAUAUGAAAAUUGCACAUAGUUGUGGGAAAGUGGAAGAUUAUGCUCCCAUUUAGGAAAUUUGCAUUGGGAAACUAACUAGGAUUUAUGCCCAUUUCCAUUCACACUUAUUUUUGCCAUUCCUGCGGGGCACUUGGAGGUGUCCGAUGUGUUCACUUUCAAAAAAAACAUCAGGAAAGUGAGAUCGGAGGUGAUUUUGUUCCUGUUGAGGUCUUACAUUCAUCUGUACCACUCAAUACUUGAUGAAAUCAACUACAGACAAGGUCACUCCAUCUAGACAUAUCUGUGUGAUGAGACAUUGGAGAUCAUAGGCCUAUAUACAUAACUACAUAACAUCUCAUAAUGUUUAAUGUUUAUUUUCUUGUUUGAAACCAGAACGUUCAUUUGUUCAUGUGAUGUCUUGGAUUCAUACUUCUGUUGAACACCAUUUUAAAACUGGAUUCAACCAAUCAGAUUUUUCAGCGUACCACAGCUGAAGCAGAAUUUGGAUACCAAAAUGAAAUUAUUUUAUUAGGCAUGAUGUUACCCUCAACUUGCAGUGCCAAAUUGUAAUGAAUUGCCUUCACGUUUUGGAGAGCCAUUAGAGGUUACUUAACUACCCAUGUUGAUUUUUUCUGUGCAUUUCUAUUGAACUGAAUCCAUUUCUACAUGAUAUUUCAAUACGGUGUUAGUGCCUGACAAAAAUAAAUGGCAUUGUGUUCA